UGUGCGCAUGAUCUGAGCACAAAGCGCUCGUGAGCUUGACAGUCGCAUUGAGUUCGCGCUGAGAGAGACACACAAAGGAGAAGAGCAGUCUUGGGAGGAGGCACUUAAUGCAGCACCAAACUAUAACCAAUCUGUUAUCAUUGUAACAGAAAUGCAUUGCUCAAGAGAUUUGCGCGCGACUUUCAGGCGCUUUGGGAAUUAAACCGAGACACUGGCGCGCGCGCUUGCGGUUCAGAACGCUGGACAGCGCACUCAGCGCGCGCUUCAUCCCACUUUUUUUGGAGUUGAUAUAUGCAUUUUUAUAAGAAGAUCAAGACGUGCAAACUCAUGAGGAAUCAUGGAUGUUCCGACGUGUUUCCGAUCACCGGGCUUGGGCGCACCUCAGCGAGACUUCUGAAGUGAGACAUGGACUUGGCGGAGAUCCUGCUGGCACUUUUCAUCGUCGUAGUCGCGACGGUCUCCUUGCUGUCCAACUUGCUGGUCUUGCUAUGUUUCGCGCACAGCAGCGAGAUACGCAGGCAGGUGCCGGGCAUUUUCACGACGAACUUGUCCUUCUGCAACCUGCUCAUCACCGUGCUGAACAUGCCGUCCACGCUGGUCGGGAUCGUAAAGGACCAGCAGCCGUUCGGGGACUGCCUGUGCCGCGCGGUCAGCUUCCUCGACACGUUCCUGACGGCCAACGCGAUGCUGAGCAUGGCGGCGCUCAGCAUCGACCGCUGGAUCGCCGUGGUCUUCCCGCUGAGCUACUCGAGCAAGAUGCGGUGCCGGGACGCGCUGCUGAUGGUGUGCUACGCGUGGCUCCACUCGCUCGCCUUCUCCGUGGUGGCGCUGCUGCGCUCCUGGCUCGACUACAGCCGCGCGUACGCGUCCUGCACCUUGCGCCUGAACGCGGAGAGCUCCCGCACCGACUUCGCCGCCUUCACCGUGGCCUUCCACGGCGCCAGCUUUAUGCUCUCGCUGCUCGUGUUGUGCGUGACUUACUUAAAAGUGCUCAAAGUCGCACGCUUUCACUGCAAAAGGAUCGACAUUAUAACCAUGCAGACGCUCUUCCUGCUUGUUGAUAUACACCCAAGCGUUAAACAACGUUGUUUGGCCGAGCAAAAGAGGAGGAAACAGCGCGCGACCAAGAAAAUCAGUAUAUUCAUUGGAUCAUUUAUUAUCUGUUUCGCCCCAUAUGUCAUAACCAGGCUGACAGAGCUUCUUCCCUUUGUGGAUAUCAACCGAUACUGGGGCAUCAUCAGCAAGUGCUUAACAUACAGCAAGGCAGCUUCAGAUCCAUUUGCAUAUUCCCUCUUACGCCAACAGUACAAGAAAGUACUAGUAACAGUGGCCAAUCGCCUACUGAAACGUGACUUAUACCCUUCCUCUGGACACAACAGCUCACUGGACACAGAAAAUGACUACUGCCUGCAAAGAAUCAGCUAGUGGCACUUUCCUUACACUGAAAAAUCCUAAUGCUUAGACAUCAAAGUAUAUAGGAAGAGAGAAAAAGAGUGAGAAAGUGAGAGAGAGAGAGAGAGAGAGAGAGAGAUGUAAUGAUUAUCACUUAGAUAUAGCUGGAGAUGCUGACUGUUUGAAGCACAUGUAGAUAUGUGCACCAGACAGCAAUGAUAAAUAUGGACAAAGGCAAUAUGUGACUAAGUGGCCAUGUGCUCUGUCCACAACACCUUCGUGCACGCACAUACACACACACACACACACACACAUACAAACUAACAUCAAAGACAACACGAUAAUUGAACCUCAGCAGACAUACAGACACACCAUCAUCUGCAAGUGUGUGCUUUCUUCAAAGUUUUUUUUUUUUUUCCAAGAUUAUCAAACAAGUCAGUGGAAGGUGUCAUAUGAUAUGAUCUACCUUGGUGCACACACAGUAUAUUAAUGGCAUUGCUGAACCUCUUAUAAUGGAUAAAAUGUGUUAUAAUCUUUAGAUGUUUCUACUGGUAGGCAGUCUGGUCAUUUAUAUAUUAUGAAAAUGGCUCUAAUUCUUAAUCUAGUGUGAAUUCAUUCUGAAUUCACUCAUUUAUAAUCCCAGAUCAAUCACUGGAAAAUACUGCACUUUGUUCUUAUAAAUUAUUAUUUGCUAUUAGUUACCAGGCAGCCAAAGUUGAAUAUCACACUAUAUUACCUAGAACAGGUUGUAACUGAAUGUACUAGAUUCUUUAUACAGCAGCAUAUUGUGCACACUAAGUUGUGUUUCUACAGGUAAACAUAGUGUACAUACUUUGCACAGUAUAAAGUAAUUUAUAAUGUAAAUUAAAUUGUUUUAUUCAGUAUGGCAGGUGUGUGGUGUGGGGAAUUAUGAACUAAAGAAAUGAUAAUGAAGUGCUUUAUACAGCCAUGUUUGUGCCAGUUUUGUUAUACAUGUACUGUUUUGUGAACAUGGUGAACAAAGGAGAAUAUACAUGAAGCUAAAUGAAGCUAUGUAGUAUUUUAAGUAAAUGCAUGCUUCCAAUAAACAAUAAGAAAAUCACAGUCACAGUGGCCAACAUCCCUUCAAUAGCGAAAAAUACAUCAGUGCCAACUUGCCCCCAAGGAGACUAUUCACCUAUUAAUGUAAAAACAACAACAACACUGCCUUGUACACACUUAGUGGCUAAGGUUCCACAAUGAUGUGGAGAAGCAAAUGAAUGGGGAUGAUGACUAAUACGGAGAGUCUCUCCGGCUAAUGGGCAAAGCAAAGAAAGCCCACUGAUCUGUCAUGUUAAAUUCUAUUUUUGUCUCAGAGAAAUACCUUUCUCAGUAACUGCAAUGGAUAGAGAAGGGCAUUAGAACUGACAGUUCUGGGCCUGACAUUUAACAUUACAGCUUUUGCCUGAAGGGAUUUGAAGACGUUACCUUAUGCCUGAGGUUUUGCCACGUGCCAGAUAGCACAUAGCACAUACCACAGUCUGCAGAAACCCUUUGCCUGGUACUGUUAUUCUUGCUACGUACUUGCUAAAUUGCCAUGGAUCUUCAGCCUGUAAAAUAACCCUAAGAAACCAUUCAGAAUGGAAAAAUCAUUCUGGUGAAACUAACCCUACAAAAACUUACUUUAAAUUGGUUCAGAGGAAAUUUUUAAAGUGCAUACACAUUUGGACUUGAAUUAAUCAAUCAAUCAAGAUGUCUGCUCCUUUAGUUAUGUCCUGGCCCUGACAUAUUAACAUGUAAUGGAAGCUUAUGACCUCAUAUUAGCAACAUACAAACUAUGCUCAAAUCAUCAUACACGUAACACACAUCAGUAUUCAGACUGUGGUCCCAAAUGUGGUACCUGGCACUGUGACACACUGUUCCUUCUAAAAGUGGACUAUCCGUACACUCCUCAAGGGUUCUUCAACAGUUAUUUAAGCGUUCAUUGGACAAUUAAUGAUUCUUAACCACCAAAAAGGGUUUUAUUUGGAAUAAUUUCUGAUACGGACACACUGUUGUCAGGUUCUACACAGAACCUUUAAGGAAACUCUUCAGCAUUAUAAUUUUGUUAAGAGCGUAGAUGAGUACUAAAGGGUAAUGGCAACCAUUCUGGACCCAAUAUAAAGGUUUCUGUUUUUAAUGAAUCUGUACAAAAGGUGCAGCUGAUUUUAACAUUCAGGAUGCAUGAUGCUAAGCAGAGGUAUUCACUUGUUAGCUACAUUAGCCUUCCCUGCUGAAAAAAAACAAUAGAAACCAUCACAGGAAUUCUAAUAGUUUUCAUUACAAAGACAAUUACAGACCAUCAGCUAACCAUUAAAACUGGUCCUUAAUGGUAUCCACUAGACAUAACAUGCCACCAAUAGAAGGCAACAAAUUACCAGUAGAGACCCACAGGGACCAUUAGAGUUUCCAUUAAAACCAAUACAAUUACCAUUAUAACCAUUAAAACCAUUACAGAUUCUAUGAGGGUUUCUAUUGUUUUUUUUCUUUUUUUUUUUUUUUUUUUUUUUCAGCAGGGUUGUUUCCUCUAAGGCAACAGACAAGUCCUUUCUGACAAGUGUCUAUUUGAGUUGGGAAACCUGUGAAAAUAUGAUUAUCUUCAUUGUUUAAAAAAAAAGGUUUUUGUAUUUUGUUUGUGGUCUAGGCUGUGCUCCUAAUUUGCCAUUAAA